ACGGCACAAUUUGUUUGCAAUGUCCCUUUUUGGUGAUCGUAUCUUCUAUUCAACAUGGAAAAAGAAGACAAUUUGGAUAGCUAACAAGCACACUGGGAAGGAUAUGGUUAAAAUUAACUUCAAUCCAUCAUUUGUACCACCUGGUGGAAUGAAAGUAGUGCAUCCACUCGUACAACCCAAGGCAGAGGGUGAUGCUUGGGCAUCUGAUCAGAAACUCUGCAAACUGAGGAAAGGUAACUGCAGAGGCAGCAUAUGUGGGCAAGGGCCGAAGUCCCAGGUGUGCACAUGUGCAGAGGGAUACGCUUUAAGCCAAGAUGGAAAGAACUGUGAAGAUGUCAACGAGUGUGCCUUUUGGAACCAUGGCUGUACUCUUGGGUGUGAGAACACCCCCGGAUCCUAUUAUUGUACGUGCCCUGUAGGAUUUGUUCUGCUGCCUGAUGGGAAAUGGUGUCACCAAUUAAUUUCCUGCCCAAGCAAUGUGUCUGAAUGCAGUCAUGACUGUGUUCUGACAUCAGACGGUCCCAUAUGUUUCUGUCCUGAAGGCUCAGUGCUUGAGACAGAUGGAAAAAUGUGUAGUGGCUGUUCAUCACCUGAUAAUGGUGGAUGUAGCCAGCUCUGCAUCCCUCUCAGCCCAGUAUCCUGGGAAUGUGGCUGCUUUCCUGGGUAUGACCUACAACUGGACAAAAAGAGCUGUACAGCUUCAGGACCACCGCUGUUUUUGCUGUUUGCCAAUUCUCGAGAUAUUCGACACAUGCACUUUGAUGGAACAGAUUAUGGAAUCCUGCUCAGCCAGCAAAUAGGAAUGGUUUUUGCCCUAGAUCAUGACCCUGUGGAAAAUAAGAUAUACUUUGCCCAUACAGCCCUGAAGUGGAUAGAGAGAGCUAAUAUAGACGGUUCCCAGCGAGAAAGGCUCAUUGAAGAAGCAGAAGGUGUGCCAGAAGGUCUGGUGGUAGACUGGAUUGGCCGUAAAUUCUAUUGGACAGACAGAGGGAAAUUCGUCAUUGAAGGGAGUGAUUUAAAUGGGAAGUAUCGUGAAAUAAUCAUUAAGGAGGACAUCUCUCAGCCGCGAGGAAUAGCUGUCCAUCCAACGGCCAAGAGAUUAUUCUGGACUGAUAUGGGGAUUAAUCCACGAAUUGAAAGUUCUUCCCUUCAAGGCAUUGGCCGCCUGGUCAUAGCUAGCUCCGAUCUGGUCUGGCCCAGUGGAAUAACAAUUGAUUACUUAACUGACAAGUUGUAUUGGUGCGAUGCCAAGCAGUCUGUGAUUGAAAUGUUCAAUCUGGAUGGUUCCAAAUGCCAAAGACUUGCCCAGAACAAUGUAGAAAUUGACAUACUUCACAGGGACUUUCUUGGUGGUCCAGUGGGCAAGACUCCGUGCUCCCAAUGCAGGAGGCCUGGGUUCGAACCCUGG